AUGACGAGCUUGCCUGAUUCUCCAUCGUCUCGUCGUUCUCGUUCGGAGCAUGGAAGUCCGGGAGACAAACCUAGAAUUAACAAUGUCCCUCUCAAUGUUCUGUGCGAAAUUUUCACUCACACCGCACAGAUAUCACGGAGUCAUACAUCGAAUGAGGACCCUAUGAACGCGUCCUUUAGGGAAGCCAUGUUGUUGCCACUGAGGCUUUCGCAAGUCUGCUGGUUAUGGCGCGAAAUGGCCUUAAUACUUCCAUCUGUAUGGACAAACAUAAAUGUUCUCGUCGAUGGAACCGGCAGCAAGGACGGGGACGAGCGGCUCAUUGAAAGUAUCAACACUUGGAUAAAGAGAUCCAAGACACUGCCGCUUCAUAUAUCGGUCACGAGCAAUACGUACAGACUACCGAACGAGAAACUUGACACCGCGUCAUGCAUUCUAACACGAUUACUUGAAGAGCGGAAACGCUGGCGAGAAGCAUAUUUCUCCUUCAUAGAGGGUGAUCCUACUAGGUUGCCGCUUCUUCAGCUGACCAAUGUACCCCUCUUGGAGAAACUCACGGUACGAUGGAGAGGAACUGAUACACGUGAACCGAGAGGCAUAAACCUUUUGAUCGAAAGGCCUCAGAGACUGAGAUCUCUUUUACUUGAAGGCGUUCCUUAUCUUCAGACAGCGCGACUUGAUGCCCUGACGGAGCUGUCUUUACAUGGUAUGGCGGUCAUGGUCUCGCGAGAUGAUUAUUCGGAAAUGCUCAACAACAUCCCGCACUUGGAAACUCUCAAGUACAGUGCAUGGUGGGCUCUUUAG